CAUCCUUACCUCACUUCAAUGCACUAAAUCUUCAGGUUUUCAACUUUUCAGUUUCAACUAGCUAGCGUGGAAACGAAAGUAGCUCUAGCUAUAAGUCCUCAGCCAUGGCCAUCUCAAAGGCUUUAAUUGCUUCUGUUCUCAUUUCUCUUAUCGUUAUCCAUCUCGUUGAAGCUGAUCAGGUGGUGAACACAGAUGCAGCAAAGAAAAAAAUAGAUUGUGGAGCAGCAUGUAGUGCGAGGUGUCAGUUAUCGUCUAGGCCGAACCUGUGCAAGAGGGCAUGUGGGACUUGCUGUUCUCGCUGCAGCUGUGUUCCUCCAGGCACUUCCGGCAACCGUGAUGUAUGCCCCUGCUACGCCACCAUGACCACCCGUGGUGGCAAACUCAAGUGCCCUUGAAAAUAUAUAUCACAUCAGCCUUAAUUGGCUGCAUGUAUUGGUAUAUAUUGUAAGAGAAGAAUGGAUGAGAGGUCUGUUUGAAAAUAAAGUUGUGUACUAAUUAAUAUAGAUGCAUGUAUCACUUUGUAUAAAAGCUAUUAAAAGAAUGAUUUUAUUAUUUUCUUUUAUAUGAAAAAAGAAGGGUUAUUGUAAGUUGAAUAACAAUUAGAGUUGUUAUUUGUUUGUUAUUAAUAAAAUGACUUCUUUUUUAACCUUUA